AUUUGGCUGACCGAGCUCAGAAAUUCGAAAUCGGCUGUGGGCUCAGCCGCAAGGCAUUCCGACUGGGUCGUUUCUUGACCGGUUUCAACAACCUCCGGACAACCCAAUACUCCGACUGGAAGGUGACAACGCUCUCCGUGGUCGGCAGUGCUGGUGAAAUGGUUUACUUCUUCUUUGAUCACCUCACAUGGAUGUCCAAAGUCGGCCUGCUUGAGCCAAAACUAGCCG